AUGAGGCUUUUACGAAAGAUAGACAAUCCACAAAGGGGGAGAGAAAGUUGCAAACAGGCUAUUGUGGAGAAACUCUAACAUCUUUCUGGCCUUCAAGGAUGUCUUUCCUUUGUAUUCAUUGUAUGAGGAAGAGUUAAAUACCCAACUAAUUUUGUUGAGCAUGAAACAAAACCGAUACGCUCUUCGUACACAGCAGUAUGAUAGGAAGAAAGACGAUAGUUUUUAGGCAUCAAUCAUUGAAAGCACUCGGCAAACAAAGUGAGCGACAAAAAGCUUCAAGCAGAACGGUAUCUGAAACAACAUCGAAGAAGAAAACUGCACUGAUGCUCCCUGAAGGGGCCUAAAAGCAAACAAUUUGGUAAGAGGGUAAUAUCAUUCAAUUUUGCAUUACCAACCUUUUGGCUGAGAUGCCCAGUCACUCGACCACUUUAUCAUAUUUUGUUAUAUUACGAGCAAAUCGACAUUCAGAAAUAUUCCUGCUGUUGUUAUUCAUGUUAGGGGAAAUAUCCUACAACGAUCUGUCAGAUGUGAUGAAGAGAGAACGAUAUGUUAGAUUUCUGAUAAUCCAACAUCCACGGAGACGCAGAGAAAACCAUGGUGGAGUUGCUCAAUAG